GGUUUUUCGUUUUCCUUUUGGGUGCAGGUAGCUUAUACUAAUAAGGUUAUUUGCAUCGAAUUUAUUGAUGAUUGCUCAACUUAAUCUUGUGAUGGAUUUUAUCUUUUUUACAGGCACUCUACUGAUCAUGAAGUUCAACUGAUGAUUCUAAUGGCUUAUCUUUCAUACAUGGCAGAACUAUUUGAUCUAAGCAGCAUUCUUACUGUUUUCUUUUGUGGGAUUGUCUUGUCACACUACACCUGGCAUAAUGUAACUGAAAAAUCUCGUGUUACAACCAAGCAUGGCUUUGCAACACUGUCAUUUAUUUCAGAGAUUUUCAUCUUUCUGUACGUUGGUAUGGAUGCCUUGGACAUCGAGGAAGUGGAAGCAAGAGUCCUGGGAAAUCAAUUGGGGUCAGUUCAAUAUUACUUCUCCUGGUUCUGGUUGGAAGAGCAACUUCUGUAUUUCCUCUGUGUUUCCUUUCAAACUUAACUAGGAAAUCUCAGAGUGACAAAAUU